AGCAGAAUUGCGAUCUUCAUUCGACGCUUCGUACGUACAACCUGUCAAGGUAUCUAUAUCGCGUAGCUGCAAGCCCCAAGGCCCUGCCGAAACCUUCGCGCGACAAGUGUUCCGCAUCACUACGCGUCUAGCGCGGCUCUCUCCUCAUCCUCUAUGACCAAGGGUCGAGAGCGCCGCCUAUGCCUUGCCCAACCUCAGCCACAAGCACGAGCACGAGCACGAGAGAUGAGCGAUGGAAGUAGAGCGUAAGUGGUGGGCGGCGAGUUCGGCCUAUGAGUGAUCGUACUCUCAGCAGAAGUUUGCCUACCUAUGCUUCACCAAUGGCAGAAUCGUCUGAUCGCCGCCGCCGAUGAACAGGAGAUGGAUUCGCGCAGAGUGUGGCGAUGAUUUUGCCCGUAAGGGAUUGCCCGCGAAAGGUGCCGCUGGUUCCCAUCGCAGUCGAAUGAUGGCGUGUGCCGCACAGCGUAGCCAUCUCCCGACGGUGUCCUUGGCCGGCCGCGUCGCCACGAACUGGACGUAUAUUAUCCGAGCCGCAUCCAGUAUCAGCCAAUGCAACGUAUAGUCAAGCGUUAGAGAAAGCGGUUAGCCCGAAGUAAGCUCUUAUUCGAGGCGGAGGAAGAGGCGGCGCCGACCGUGUCAAAGCCCAGUCAGAACGUCGCAGUCGAGGGUCGAACACUACCGUUGAAAAUUUCGAAGUCGUCGACAUUCAGAGCCAACCUGUCAAUUAGCAUACGUCGAAGAAGCGCUCGUCCAUAUAAGCCAUUCCAUCCCCGAAUAGGCAGUUUCAAAGACAAUUGUCGAGAAAGGGGUACCAUC